AUGAAGCAGAAUGGAUAUUCAGAAGGAAUCAGGAAAGUGGCUAAAGCUCCUGAACAAAAGUAUGAAAAUAUGUGGAGCGAUUGGGCUGUAACAUUGCCAUGGGUGAGCCCCUAUGCCCAUUAUUCCACAUUAAUGAACGAGAACAUGCCAUAUCACUACCCAGUCCCAGUUCGAGAUGAUGGUAAUAUGCCAGAUAUUCCCGCUCAUCCCUGUGACAAGGAAGGUGAACGACUUGAGUGGCUGAAGAAAUGAGAACCA